UCCGCCGCCCACCCCUCCGCCUGCCAGCCCGGGGGACCGCGCCGCCAGAGCCCGGCCGGGGCAGCUGCGGGCCGGGGGCGGGCCUGGCCCCCACCAUGCGGGCCGAGCUCUGGCUCCUCGUGCUGGUGCUCAGGGAGACUGCCCGGGGGCUGAGCCCCCAGCCCGGAGCAGGUCAGGAUGCAGGCCGAGGCUCUGGAGCGGCCGUCCAGGGGACCACCGUGCAGGGCUGGAAUCGGAGAGCCCGAGAGAUCCCUGGCCAGGUGUCGGAGCCGGACAGGACUCAGCUGAGCCAGGACCUGGGUGGGGGCACCCUGGCCAUUGACACACUGCCGGAUAACGGGACCAGGGUGGUGGAGGACAACCACAGCUACUAUGUGUCCCGUCUCUAUGGUCCCAGCGAGCCCCGCAGCCGGGAGUUGUGGGUGGACGUGGCCAAGGCCAACCAGAGCCAAGUGAAAGUUCACCGAAUCCUCUCCAACACCCACCGGCAGGCUUCGAGAGUGGUCUUGUCCUUUGAUUUCCCUUUCUACGGGCAUCCUCUGCGGCAGAUCACCAUAGCAACCGGAGGCUUCAUCUUCAUGGGUGAUGUGGUCCAUCGGAUGCUCACGGCUACUCAGUACGUGGCUCCUCUGAUGGCCAACUUCAACCCUGGCCGCUCCGACAACUCCACAGUUGCUUACUUUGACAAUGGGACAGUCUUUGUUGUUCAGUGGGACCACGUCUACCUCCAGGACCGGGAGGACAGGGGCAGCUUCACCUUCCAGGCAGCUCUGCACCAAGAUGGCCGCAUUGUAUUCGGCUACAAAGAGAUCCCUAUGCCCGUCCUGGAAAUCAGCUCGUCCCAGCACCCCGUCAAAGCAGGCCUGUCAGAUGCCUUCAUGAUUCUCAAUCCAUCCCCGGACGUACCAGAAUCUCGGCGAAGGACCAUCUUCGAAUACCACCGUGUGGAGCUGGACCCCAGCAAGGUCACCAGCACAUCUGCUGUGGAGUUCACCCCAUUACCAACCUGCCUGCAGCAUCGGAGCUGCGACACCUGCAUGUCCUCAGACCUGAUCUUCAACUGCAGCUGGUGCCAUGUCCUCCAGAGAUGCUCCAGUGGCUUUGACCGCUACCGCCAGGAGUGGCUGUCCUAUGGCUGUGCCCAGGAGGCAGACGGCAGGACGUGUGAGGACUUCCAGGACGAGGACUCCUUCUCGUCCUCGCCCGACAGCUCCUUCAGCCCCUUUGACGGAGACCUCACCACCACCUCCUCUUCUGUCUUCGUCGACAGCCUCACAACGGAAGAUGACACCAAGUUGAAUCCCUAUGCAGAAGGAGAGGGCCUUCAGAACAACCUGUCCCCCAAGACAAAGGGCCCCCCCUUGCACCUGGGCACCAUCGUGGGCAUCGUGCUGGCCGUCCUCCUUUUGGCGGCCAUCAUCCUGGCCGGGAUCUAUAUCAAUGGCCACCCCACCUCCAACACUGCGCUCUUCUUCAUCGAGCGGAGACCUCGCCGCUGGCCGGCCAUGAAGUUCCGCAGCCACCUUAACCACUCCACCUACACAGAAGUUGAGCCCUCAGGCCACGAGAAGGAGGGCUUCGUGGAGGCCGAGCAGUGCUGAGAGCGCCAGGUCUCCCUUGGAAGGGUAGGAAGGAAGACCCGGGGACCUCAGCAAACGAGUCAAAGCAAAGCAGAGAAGUGACCUUCCUUGGCCUCCUCUGAACACACCCUGGCUGGGAAGAUGAGCCCAUGGUCUGUGGCGCCAGAGCUAUAGUUUGGCCAUCACACCCCAACUAUUGAAGCAGGAGGCAGAAAAGCCACCACAUUGAACUUUGAAGGAACAGUAACCUAAUUUCAGCCUGCUUUGAUGCCAGGGGUCUCCCCUUCUGAGUCUCUCAAUGGUCUACUCUGUAGCUGCCUCAGAGGUCCCCUCCCACCUGGAGACGGCCAGAUGCCCUGCUCCGGUCACCUAACGCCCCCGCAUAUGACACGAGAGAACCCAGCUCUAGACUGGGGCCGCUGUAUUCCAGGGUCCAUAGACUCAAGAGCUGGUCCUCAAGGCUAUGGAUGCAGCAUAAUUUGCCCCAGCUUCUGUGCUCUGGAAGUCUGAAGAAGGAGUUCUCUCCAUCUGUUAAAUCACAGGUAUGGCUGCUCCCAGCCCUUUUGGCAAGCCACUGACCGGCAUGCUGGCAUCAGAAGAAAGCCAAAGGAGAGAAGAAAGAACUCGUGGGAAGAUUGUAUUUUUAGGCUUCACUACCCCAGCUUGACGUUUCUGCUGAGAACCAGUACUUCUGCAACAAACAUGUGUGUUGCCUGUGUUGCGGGCUUUAUCCAACUGCAGCCCAGCCCGGGCCUGGCAAGCCGUGCUGUGCAUGGCCGCAUCUACCCUGCGGGCUCUUCAUUCCAAUGGCACGUUUGGUGUCCACUGUAUUCACUGGCCUGGUCUUCUGUCAGUGCCAGUAAGUACCUCCAAAGGCAGGGCCUGCCUGAUUAAUAUUUUUCCUCCUCUGAGCUGGAAUUUUAUAGCCAUUAAAGAGAAACAAGGUGGAGAGAGGGCUUCUUGAAACAUACCCAGCAGGGAGCUUCAGUUGAAAAGCAAAGCCUCCAGAGGGAUUGGGAUAGAGGAAGCUGGUGUGGGAAAGAGGGACUUUAUACGUAAGACCUUGACCUGGAAAGUUGCUUGCAUCUCCCCAGCUCUUCCGGAAGUUCUUGGGGCAGAGAGUUUAGGCUCCUAAACUUAACCUGCUUUUAAGGGAGUUCUGUCCCAGGGAUGAGUUGGGGUUGCUUCUGAAGAGCAUUUCAAGUGAAAACCUAUAGUUCACCCUCAUUCAAAGUAAAAAAACAUCAUCAGCAAAUAAAUAUUAAAUCACAGUCUCCACUUAGUCACAUCCUUUUAUGCAUGUCACCGGGAUGCUGCCAAAGAAAGAAGUUAGUUUAAAUACAAGGCCUCCUGAGGCGGGGGUAGGGAGUCUGCCAAUAACCAGGCACAUCCAAACACUGGGCUGAAGGUUUUCCAGAUGUUUCAUGGUUUAUCCUUGGUGAGGAUGGUAACAAUCAGAGUGGGAAACAUGCUGGACCUCGGCUAUCUAUAUGUAUUCUUCAUAAACCAGGCAAAGGAAUAGCUAUGGUUUUGAGAAAUCGUAGCAGAAUUUGCGAAAGUAAAAAGGUAAUGCAGCAAAGAGAAUAGGAUUCUUUUCAAGCUUCUGAAGGACAGAAAGGUCUGAAACAGAGCUCUCUUAACGGGAAAAUUGCAGCCAGGCGCUGAAAUACUCCAGGCUCCCAGCACUGCUGGCUGGCAGGAGGGUGAUUUUUGCCCUUGCCGGACCAGCAGAGCAUCUAUGACUUUUGUGUGUCUAAAAUGGCCAGUGGGGCAGUCCCCACUGUGGCCAAAUGCAGUGCACAGCUCCACGGGUCCCACUCCCAAACUCCAGCACACUUCUUCCCAAUGGGAGCCCUUCCGAUUGUUCUGAUUCCUGGAGGGGAAGAACACAAGAGUGAAGAAACGGGCGGUGAUGUCCUGAGGUCUCUGCCGGUAACACUGCAGGUAGAGAGAGAAAGCAUGAGAUAGCUCGGACCAGUCACAGCAAGCCUAGCUGGCGCCUGGGAUGACAGUGGUGAGGGCAGUGGAGCUGUUUGGUAGCAGGUAGCCUGGUUUGUUAACAGCAACAAAGAACUAAAGAUGUGUCCCUAAGAGAGGCCCCUGGACACUAAGAGUCCCUCAAGCCACAACAAAGCGCUCCUAGGAAACAGCCAGCAACUCGCAGAGUUAACACUGGUUCCCAGAUAUCCUUAGGAUCUCUCACAAGAUCAAGCAUCUCUUAGACCCAGGAGUUUUACUCCAAGGUUUAGAGCGGGUUCUUUGGGUAACUAUAGAGAGUGACUCACCUGCACAGUGAGUGACCAGAAGGAGACAGGGGUUUCAUGGUCAACCAGCGAAGUGGUACUUCUGUGCUGUGCUGUGCACAACCACAGAGAGCUUGCAAACUUCCGGUCCCCUCCACCCCACAGGCAGAUACAAUGACUGUGACAGGAAGCUUCAACCCCUUGAAACAGCUGUCUGUGUUGUACCCAGAACUCAGAAGCUCUCAGGGAGGCUCUGUUUUACACCAGAACUCUUAAGAGAGCCAACAAGAAAAUGAGAAGAAGAAGAAGAAUGCAGAGGCCAAGUGUGAGAGGAGACCCCUGGAUCAGGCUGUGAGCACAACUUAGUUCCCCUUUAAUCAGCUGCCCCUAGAUUUGUGGAUCUGUCCAGUCAGGCCCCUGGGGUUUCUGAUUCUAGAACAUGGGUGCCUAUAAGCCCAGCCACCAACCCCAGUACCCAGAAAUGCCCCGGGAAGAGCAGAUGGGGUUUUUCAAGCUUGACUAACUGGCUGUCUCCCUUCCGCCAUAAUUAGGUAUCACCAGCCACUCACCCCAGCUGGCCCCUGACUCUGGAAACUGCCUCUUCAGGUCUUCAGGUCUCAGCCUGGAGCCUGAGGUUGAAAAUGUCCUUUUGUCCCUGUUAGAGGUUCUCGGUGGGCCUAUGGAAACAAUCUUUAAAAUGUGUGUGUUUUGCCAGGGCUUGCCUGUGUCACGUGUUCUUGUAUGUAUAUAUUUCGGUGUCUAUCUGUAUUUAUAGAUAGAUAGAUAGAUUAUUGCUAAGAACAUCGGAUGAAGCUUGUAGCUGCGCUCAGCCUGUAGCUUGUUGUAUUAUAUUAAGACAGUGGCAGAAGCUGCCAGCCAACCACACUAUGGGAAAAGAAGAGUGUUCACCACCAGAGCUGAUCACUUAUUUCAUUGUGGGCAGAGCUAAGACUCUGUUCUCUGGGUACAGGAACAGAUAAGAGAUUUGCAUGAAGCCCUGAUCAGGGGCCACACCCAGACUCCCUACACCAGGUGGAGUCACAAAUAAAACCAGCCUCUCUCUCUCACCAUCUCCACCCUACCCCACCCCCAACGAAAAGUCACCGGAACUUACAGCACAAUUCGAAGGAUCUGGGACCUGAGGGCACACUAGCUGUUCUAAAUGCAAUGUAUUUCCAUAUUCAGCGUGAAAAUUCCUUGCACGGAUUUCAGUGUUAAUAAAAGGCAACGUUCAUUUAC